UUUCACGCAGCAAAUCUACAUCAUAUGGGUGAUUUCAAGAUCAUCUGGACUGAGCGACUGCAAGAUCAUCUUCGGCACAGUCGAAAUGCGAAACUAUCAUCAUGCCGGAUCCUGGAUUGCUUACACUGCUCCGAUGUCGGGAGCGCGUUCCCAUCCCAGUUCUUGGAGGGGACCUUGCAGAGUCUGGCUGUUCUGCUCCCGAAGUACAAUCGUGCAAGCCAGCGUUGGAUUGAUAGAGAGCACGUUACAGCCGGAAACCAGCCACCAAAUCUCAACGCUCGUGAAAGUAACUGGUAUGAGCAUUGGGGUCAGCGCUUGUCGAUGGCAAAAAACAUAUUCGAUCAGACCGAGCCGAACACACUUUCUCAGUGGUGGCACGACACGCGGAACUCGAGUAGAAGGACGACUUUUUGGAUCGGCGUUUUGGGCGUCAUCCUGGCUGUGACCUUUGGUUUUGUACAAUCCGUUGUUGGGAUCAUUCAGGUUGUAAGGUCUUAG